CCGAUCCAAACAAACAGCAAGAAACAUUCAUCUCUUACAAACUCACAUGACUUGACACAUUGGCAGACUCCAAAGUCUUCCAUAGAUACAAUACAAAACAUAAGAGAGAGAAAAUUCCCUCCACUCCCUUCUUUCUUUCUUCUCUUCUUCCCAAAACUCUCAAACUCAAACAUCACAACAAAACCAUGACCAACCCAUUACCCACUUAACCUCAAACAACAUGCCAUCCCGACAAUUAUCCACCCCAUCAGACACACCCCAUCCGCUGCCACCGCCACGUCAUCACCACCACCACCAUCACCACUUUCUGACUCCUCUCCUCGCCGCCACCGUCUCAACAUGCUCCCUUUUCCUCCUCCUUCUCCUCUUCUGCCACCGCACCCUCACCCGCAAACGCGCUACCACCUACCCUCCUUCUCCGGCCACCACCUCCCCGCCGCACCGCCUCUCCUUCUCCGUCCUCCGCCGUGCCACCAACUCCUUCUCCACGCGCCUCGGCCACGGAGGCUUCGGCCCCGUCUUCGCCGGCACCCUCGCCGGCGCCCCCGUCGCCGUCAAGCUCAUGGACUCCGCCACCAACCACCACCAGGGUGAGCGCGAGUUCCACAACGAACUCUUCUUCGCCUCGAAGCUCCUCUCCCGCCACGUCAUCACCGCCACGCACUUCUGCUCCGACCCGAAACGACGCCGCUUCCUCCUGGUCUACGAGCUCAUGCACAACGGCAACCUCCAAGACGCGCUUUUGCACCGCAAGUGCCCCGAACUCUCUAACUGGAACACGCGCUUCUCGAUUAUCCUCAACAUAGCGAAAGGUGUUCACUUUCUUCACUCCUGCGACCCCCCUGUUAUUCACGGCGACAUUAAACCGAGCAACGUUUUGCUUGAUCGCGAUUUCUCGCCGAGAAUUGGGGACUUUGGGCUUGCGAGGUUGAGCUCGGAGACUCCGAGGUUUGAAAUUGAGGUUCUGGAAUGUGGGAGUGUUGAUAAUGAAGAGAAGAUGAAGAAGAAGGAGGAGGAGGAGGAGGUUGUUGUUGUUGUUGCUGAUGAUUGUGGAUCGGUGGAGAGUGCUCAUAGUGUUUUUAUGGAGGAUGGUGGUUUGGGUGUGGAGCAAUCGCCUUCGCCGGAGAUGGCGGCGAUGACUUCGCCGGAGACGGGUUUGGCGGUGUCCGCCGCUGAGGCCUCGCCGGGGUUUGAGAAGGGUAGUGUGCAGAGUGAGAAGGAGGGUGUGAAGAAGAUUAAUGGGAGAGGGUUGAAGAGUAAUUCUGUGAGGGAUUGGUGGUGGAAGCAUGAGAAUGAGGUUGGGGUUGGGGAGAGUAAAAAAGUUAAGGAUUAUGUGAUGGAGUGGAUUGGGAGGGAUGUGAAUAAGGAAAGGGUGAAAAAUGGAAUUGAAUAUGGAGAUGUGGUGGUAGGGAAGGAAGAGAAAAAUAAGAAGGAGAAGAAGAGAAGGAAGAAGGAAUUGGAAUGGUGGGAAUCAAUGGAAGAGGAAAAGCUUGAUGGGGUUAUGAAGAGGAAGAGAAGGACGGUGAGGGAAUGGUGGAAGGAGGAGCGUUUUGAGGAGAAUGCGAAGACGACGACAAAGAAGAAGAAGAAAAAGAGGAAGGGUGGGAGUGUGAAGAGUGAUGAUGAGAAGUGUGGUGAUGAUUGGUGGAUGAGUGAUGAUGCAAUGGAUAAGAGGAAGGGCAAGAGUAGGAGUAGGAACAACCGUGGGAACAUGGAUUGGUGGAUGGAUGGGUUGAGUGGUGAGUUAUGGAGAGGGAGGAGGAAUAAUAGCUUUGAUUCUGCUAGUGGAGAGAUUCCAAAGAGUGGUGGUGUGAGUAGUACUCCUAGUAUGAGGGGAACUGUGUGCUAUGUUGCUCCUGAGUGUGGCUAUGGUGGGGAAGUGUCUGAGAAGUCUGAUGUGUAUAGCUUUGGGGUGUUGUUGCUUGUGAUCAUUUCCCGGCGGCGCCCACUUCAGGUCAGCGGUUCGCCCUUGUCUGAGUUUCAGAGGGCGAAUCUGUUGUCGUGGGCACGCCAUUGCGCACGAAAUGGGAAGCUUGUUGAGCUGAUUGAUGAGUCUACUGAGUUGUUGGAUAAGGAGCAAGCUCUUCUCUGCAUCAAGGUGGCGUUGCUUUGCUUGCUGAAGUCACCUGCUCGUCGUCCUUCAAUUAAGGAGGUUGUGGGAAUGCUCAGUGGGGAAUUGGAGCCACCCCAAUUGCCUGUCGAGUACUCACCUUCAACCCCUUCAAGGUUCCCUUUCAAGUCUAGGAGAAAAGGCAGGACUCAAAUUUGUUUACAAGCUGCUGAUCUGAGACACUGUAAAAGCUCUGAUGUCUUCCCCUGCCACCUCUGAAAUUUGUCUUUGCUCUCAAAAUCCGAGGAUUUCCGAGAAUAUGUAUUGAAAAUGGGUAUUAUUUUGCUUUGCACGCCUUGUCUAGCUCAAUUAAUAGCAAAUGAGAUGGAAGAGUUUCCUAAAUGCAAGACUAGUGCUAAACUGCUAAUGGAUUUUGAACCAAACAGCAAUGAACAUCCUUCUUAUUCAAUCAUGUUUAGAUUAUAAUUUGCAUCUUCCAAAUCGUGCUUUGGAGUAUGCAGAAUUGCGUUUCAUCGAUAUAACAUCUGUGGGCUAAAGGAGUCAAUGUUGGUGUCAGAUCAUGAUUUGAGAUGAAAUAGAAAAAAGUUUGUUUUUUUUUC